GCUCCGCCAUGUCGUCUCUCCUGCACCCCGCAUCGCGCGCCUCGGCCGCCUCGGGCCCGUCGCAGCAGCGCGCACGCGUCGGGCGCGCCUCGGCCCACCCGCGCCAGUCGUCGGGCGUGUACAACACCUUCAGCGCCAAGCAGAUCCACGGCUUCCGCGAGGCCUUCAGCAUGCUCGACGCCGACGGCGACGGCGCCAUCUCGCGCGCCGACCUCGCCGCGCUGCUGGCGAACCUCGGCGUGCCCGACGCGCGCGCCGACGUCGAGCGCCUCGUCGCCGCCGCCACGAUGAAGGACGGCGCGCCGGGCGCCGAGCGCAUCAACUUCACGCAGUUCCUCACCAUGUUCGGCGAGCAUCUGAGCGAGCUCGACGAGGCACCGGACCUGCUUGCUGCAUUUGAGUGCUUCGACGAGCGCGACGAGGGCACGAUUGACGCUGGCGAGCUGCGCUACUGGCUCGGCGAGGUGGGCGACCGGAUGAGUGACGACGAGAUCGACCGGCUACUGUCGGGUCCAUUCAUGGACCGAGGCGGCCGCAAGUUCGACUACAAGGCUUUCGUUGAGGCGGUCAAGAUGUCGGAGCCGGCGUCGCUCGAGUCAUGACCUGUGUGCUGCGUUUGUUCUGUGACUCUGCCCUCGACAUGACCUUUGAUGAUCUCUCUACCCUGCAUGGACUGGCCUCCCGCGAAGGUGCUGCGACGUCUGCGAGAGUGGCCGCCGCUGCGCUCUGCAGGUGCCAAGGCAGAUGCGCUGCACGGGCUGCCUGGGGCCGAUCGGACUGCGCAGUGCUUCUUCUUGACUGGCGAAAACGCACCUGCAAAGGCGAUACCUUUCGUUUCGAGAGCCCUGUGCUUGAAGCAGAGUUCUGAGGCGCAGCGGAAGCCUGAGCGUGGUGCCCACCGCC